AUGGCAAGUCACUCGGUCAUUGCCAUCUCACCCCCGAAUACGGGUAGCUUCCACGUCCCGCUCAGCCCUGCUGCGCUAGCCACCGUCAAUCAAUUCCUUCAAGAGAAUCACGACCGGUAUCAUCCGUUCUUUAAUGAUCGAGGAUUUCACAAUCAUAUCACUCAUUAUCUGCUCGCGUCACUCUCUCUGGGGGCUACCGCCGCCCAGAUCACGCGCAGUUUUGAACAGGAAAAAGCUAUUCAGCGCCCUCAACUGCCCCUAAAUCUGGAGAACAGCAAACGUCUCGCGGAUCCCGAGUUGUUCAAGGAUUGCAUGGGGAAGGAAGAGUUCUACCGGGAUUAUCUCAUCUUUUUCCAGAAUGAGAUCAAGGAAAAGGGGAUAGGUGGGGUGUUGAACGAAUACCUAUUCUGCAGAAAGGAGAAUGCCGAACUAUUGUUCACUCGGCUUUUCGCAAGCUUCCUGCAUCCCUUGAUUCAUCUUGGCUACGGGAUUGAGUUUCAGCAGCCUGCUAUCAUUGCCGAAGCACUAGCACAGACAGCCGUUCAUCAGAACGAGGUUUCUGUUGUGAUGCUUGGAGCAGAGCAUGCUGCCUCGUCCUUGGACGGUCCGUCGCCUCCACUUCUUGAUCUCCUCGCACAAGCGCGCGUGGAUGACUCGAUCCGCAACGCAUCCUGCUGGGGUGAUGGUAGCUGGAUCGAAGACGUACCUCUUACCCAGGCUCCCAAGAGACUUUGGGAUAUUGCGGCCCAAUGGAGAGUCCAACCUAAUGAGCUACAUGGGAAGACAGCCGAGAUGAUCAAUGUAAACGGCUUCAUGUGCGGAGCGGCUCAAAUGCCACCCAAGGAGUACAAGCUCGACUUUUUCUUGAUUCAUAACCUGAAUUGCUCAAUCUUCUUCCCCUCCAUUCUCAAGCAGAACUGGAUGAGCACGGAGAACAAAGUUCGCUUAUUGGAAUGGAAGGGUCGCUUCGACGUGAUCUCCUAUGCGGCGCGUGGAUGUCCAACUCUGGUUGAGUCCGAAAUCCUCAACUAUCAGCCCAAGCGGCCGCAGCAUGGCUGGGCCAAUCUGUUCCAGAGAGUCAAUGAUCUGGAUGAUGACUCUCACGUCACGAAGUUUCUACGUGGAAUGGCACAUGGAGAGCAGUUCUGCGAGCCAUACGACUUUGGCAAGGAAAGGUUUCCGUUGACCCGUAGCAUGUGGCUUCGCAUUGCUCACAUGGCUAUUGAUACAACAGAGAAAGAGCCGAUUGCUAAGAAUCGUUGGGUCAGAGGUGCUGGUUUUCCUUCUCAGUGGGAUCACUUCCAUGACAGACUACCAUAA